AUGCCGCAGGACACAGUGCAGGCUGUCAGAACAGUGCGUAGAGUUUUGAGAGGUCUUGUGCGUAGUUUUGAGAGUCUUGCAUUCCCUUCAGCCCUCCUCUGCUCCUCCUUCCUAGCUCCUACCCUUGAGAAAAGCUGUGACAUUUCUGAUUCUUCGGUGGAACGCAAAGAAACGGACUCUGGCCUGAUGGCCUUGCUGCGCACAACAUUUCCUGGCCAGAAGGAGAGCACCAUGCGGGUCAUGGAUGAAAAUGCCACCAACACAUCCACCACCCUCCAGUCUACCUUUGACCCACAGGGAGCCCACACUGCUUCCUUCCCUUUCAACUUCAGCUAUGGAGACUAUGAUAUGCCCCUGGGGGAAGAUGAGGAUGUGACCAAUUCCCGAACUUUCUUUGCUGCCAAGAUAGUCAUCGGCAUGGCCCUCGUGGGUAUCAUGCUGGUCUGUGGCAUUGGCAACUUCAUCUUUAUCGUUGCCCUUGCUCGCUACAAGAAGCUGCGCAACCUCACCAACCUGCUCAUUGCCAACCUGGCCAUCUCUGACUUCCUGGUGGCCAUCAUCUGCUGUCCCUUUGAAAUGGACUACUAUGUAGUACGCCAGCUCUCCUGGGAGCACGGCCACAUCCUGUGUGCCUCUGUCAACUACCUGCGCACUGUCUCUCUCUACGUCUCCACCAAUGCCCUCCUGGCCAUUGCCAUUGACAGGUACCUGGCCAUUGUCCACCCGCUGAGGCCGCGGAUGAAGUGCCAGACAGCCACCGGCCUGAUCGCCUUGGUGUGGGCCGUGUCCGUCCUCAUUGCCAUCCCCUCCGCCUACUUCACCACCGAAACCGCGCUCCUCACUGUCGAGAGCCGGGAGAAGAUCUUCUGCGGCCAGAUCUGGCCGGUGGACCAGCAGCUCUACUACAAGGCCUACUUCCUCUUCCUUUUCGGCCUGGAGUUCGUGGGCCCCGUGCUCACCAUGACCCUGUGCUACGCCAGGGUCUCCCGGGAGCUCUGGUUCAAGGCCGUGCCUGGCUUCCAGACGGAGCAGAUCCGCAAGCGGCUGCGCUGCCGCCGGAAGACGGUGCUGGUGCUCAUGGGCAUCCUCACGGCCUACGUGCUGUGCUGGGCGCCCUUCUACGGCUUCACCCUCGUGCGCGACUUCUUCCCCGCCGUGUUCGUGCGGGAGAAGCACUACCUCACCGCCUUCUACAUGGUCGAGUGCAUCGCCAUGAGCAACAGCAUGAUCAACACCCUGUGCUUCGUGAGCGUCAAGAACAGCACCAUCAGAUACUGCAGGAAGAUGCUGCUGCCCCGCUGGAGGGCUUCCUACAGCGGCAACAAGUCGAGCGCCGACCUCGAUCUCAAGACGACGGGGAUGCCUGCCACCGAAGAGGUGGACUGCGUCAGGCUGAAAUGACCCCCUGGCCCUCGCAAAGAUCUGUGGGACACUGGCCAGGGCGCCUGGAUACACAGCCUCAACAAGGAACCCUUGGUUUGCUGCGGAGGCCAGAGUAAAUGGGCAGCUCUGUGACCAUGGUGUGCAAGGAGAGCUGGAUCUCCCUCCU